AUGGCGUCCAACAACUGCUACUCCUUGGUGUUGGUGGUGGUUGCACUGGUCUCGGCACCGCUGGCCGCCGUAGCCGGCGACCCCGACAUCCUCACCGACUUCAUCGUGCCCAUGUCAAUGAUCGGCAUGCCGCCGAUGAAUAUCACCGGCGACUUCUUCACCUACACCGGUUUCCGCGCUGCCAUGAACAUGACCAUGCCGAUGCCGCCACCGGCGUUGCAGAACUUCACGGUGACCAAGGCCACCAUGAUGGAGUUUCCGGCUCUGAACGGGCAGAGCGUGUCGUACGCCAUGCUCAAGUUCCCCUCCGAGUCCGUCAACCCGCCGCACACCCACCCACGUGCCGCGGAGCUGCUGCUCGUCCUCAAUGGCACGCUCUGCGUCGGCUUCAUCGACACUACCGGCAAGCUGUACACGAAGGACCUCGCCGAGGGCGACAUGUUCGUGUUCCCCAAGGGCUUGGUGCACUACCAGUACAACCUUGGGCAAAGCCCCGCCGUCGCGCUCUCAGCUUUCGGCAGUGCCGCCGCGGGCACCGUGUCCGUGCCCGUCACCGUGUUCGGCACCGGCAUCGACGAUGCGGUUCUUGCCAAGUCGUUCAAGACUGACGUACCCACCGUGCAGAAGCUCAAGGCGGCGCUCACUCCCCCACCUAAGAAGUGA